AAGUCCUAAGACUCUCUGAGAGGCUUAGUGAAGUUGUCCAGCUCCAGCUCGCUCCUUCCUCAUCCUCCUCAUCAUCACCUGCAAGAGGUCAGAGGUCAUGGUGGCUCUCCUGCUCAGAGUCCUGCUGCUGCUGCUGAUCGGAGGGACGGUUCUGCUGAGCGGCAGCCCGGCCCAAAGGACCCGAGUUCGCCGUCAGAACAUGAAGGUCCGGAUCAACGCCACCGGCGACACCAUCGUCAUGAAGUUCGUCCGGCCCGGUCCGGACGUGAAGCUGGAGGGAUACAUCCUGGGAUACGGCAGGAGCGUCUUCUCCAAGCAGUUCAUCCAGCUGCGGAGAACGACGCUGUACGAGACCGAGCUGGAUGCUGAACCAAAGUACCUGGUGGCCGUCCAGCCAAUCCCUGUCAACGACAUGAAGAAGCGCUGCACAGGCAAGGUGAACCUGGAGAAGCCGCUCCACCUGGUGAUCGGCUCCAUCAGCCCCACGGCGGUGCUGCUGUCCUGGGGGAACCACCUGAAGACGCCGUAUGAGAAGAACAUCAUGAGCGAGUGUCUGGAGGACGGGUUCUACACCAUCCGGUACAGGGAGAGGAACAGGAAGUGGAUCUACCAGACCUGUCCCACCAGUGACACCGUCAUCGACCACCUGAAGCCCGACACGCAGUACGAGUUCGGGGUUCGCUCCAACAAGGACGACCGCAGCGGCCUGUGGAGCAAACCAGUCAUCCACAGCACCAACACGGCCAAUAAAAACAGUCAGAAACCGUACAAGCCGCGGAAACCUCUGGCAAACCCGAUGAAACCUCAACACCUGUUCCCUCCUGCUCCAGUUCUUCACAACAGUUCCAGCGUUCGGGUCGUUAAGCCAGUGGGGUCGUCGCGCUCCGUCUUCGAGGCCCCAGAGAGCCGACAGGAAACGGCCCCUGUGCCCGGCUCCGCCCGGCCCAAACCCGCUCACGGCUCACCUGAAAAAGGAAACAGUCUGAUAACCAACCGAACCCAUCCUGCGGAGCGGCGGACCACUGCCCUCCCCAAACUGCUGCCCACCGCCGCCCCUCCUGCCAACAUCACUGUCUCUAACUUCCCCUCCCAAGGCGGCGAGCUUCAGACCACCAGGGCCCCCAGCAGGGCCCCUGAGAAGCUUCCUAAUCCUGCCGCUGCUGUCAGGCCUCAGGACGGCUCCUCGCUGCUCCGACUCGCCCUGGCCAAUGAGCGGGCCAAGCUCAGCACCUGGGGUCCAGGCAGCAGCAGAAACGGGAGGCCGUCACUUCCUGUGCCGUCACUUCCUGUGCUGCCCUCCAGCCCAGAAGCUUCCCCACUGAUCUUGAGGAGCCAUCUUGACCCGUUUUCUUACCGCCUCACACAGCGCCACUCUUCCUCUAGAUCCAGUAACUCGUCCCCGACCUCUUUGAUCCUUGGGGCAAACGGACAGCCACACCGGGGCAUUUCCCAGCCCAAACUGGCCUUAUGGCCCAGAGCUCGACUGGUCAACAACUCGCUGACGGAGGACAACAAGUCUGAUGUUCCUGUCGGGUUCGGUCGCUCGGGUGUCGUGGUUGACGACCGGCUUUAUGGAUCUCCGUUUCGGACAACUCUGAACAUCCGGCCAAAUGAUGUGAGAAAACCUGGAGAGACGGACAAGGUGAACCGCCCUGAGAAGAACGGAAACCCAGAAAUCCCCAAGUACAAAGUCCCAGCAGUGACGACCAAACCGACCAAACAGGAGCGAAGACAAACCACCACGACCGCCGCGCCGACAGCAGUGACUCGGCAGGAGAGUUGGGAGGAUUCAGACCUUUUCCAGUCUCAGCCAACCUCUGAUGUUGAUGCAAUGGGCAAGAAACGUUAUGUGGCGCCUCAUGUGGUUUACCAAACCGGGAAGAAGCCGGAUGAGCCUUGCUCCAUCACCUCCUCCCUCAACUACUUCCCUGAAGACGAAGCGGGUGAGGUGAACGUGACGUCUCCUCCGACCAGCCCACCCGCCAACCUCACUGUGGUGACGGUGGAGGGAUGUCCGUCCUUCAUCAUCCUGGACUGGGAGAAACCAGACAACCACACCACCGAGUACGAGGUGAUCUCCACUGCGAAGGGACCUGAUGGAGAACGGGUUUCCAUCCUGACCACCAACCAGACCCACACUGCAGUGGAGAACCUGAAUCCUGAGAGCAGUUACGAGUUCAAGGUGAAGCCGAAGAACGAGUUGGGAGAAGGUCCUCUGAGUGAGCCGGUGUCCUUCAACACGGAGUCCGCGGAUCCGCGUGUGAGCGAGAACGUCUCAGGAAAAGACGCCAUUUGGACUCAGUUCCCGUUCAAGACCGACUCGUACUCCGACUGCCACGGCAAGCAGUACGUGAAGAGAACCUGGUACCGCAAGUUUGUAGGCGUCCAGCUGUGCAACUCGCUCAGGUACAAGAUCUAUCUGAGCGACUCGCUGAACGGUAAAUUCUACCACAUUGGAGAUCAGAGCGGCUUUGGAGAGGAUCACUGCCAGUUUGUGGAUUCUUUUCUGGACGGACGGACCGGCAGGCAGCUCAGAGCGGACCAGCUCCCCUCCAGAAACGGUUUCUUCAGGGCUCUGCGCCAGGAGCCCGUCCACUUUGGACAGAUAGGAGGACAUUCCCACAUCAACUACGUCUCCUGGUAUGAAUGUGGAACGCCGAUCCCUGGGAAGUGGUAGACGGACUCGGAUCCUCAGCAGGAAGGGACAUUUUGACCUCAGCUGGGGGGGCUGACCCAGCCGGACCCUGAGCUGGGCCCAGUGCUGUAAAAACAUGUACCGGACUUCCUCAUCAGGGAACUGUAAGGAGAGAGCAUUUGUACAACUAUAGCAGACAUGUCUUCUCUUUACUAUUUAUCAAGCACCAACGCUACAGCGAUUAGAGCAGGAACAAACUCAUGAUAGAAAUAUUUUAUUUUGUGUUCAAUCUUUGGAAGCUGGCUCCCUGGAUUACUAUUUUCAUCACUUGUGAGAUGUUAUUUAUCCAAAAGUCUUUGGUUUCAUUUCUUCAUGAGUCGCGACAGGCAGGAGGUCACAGGGUGGGCGGAGCCUCAGCACAAACCACCACAACAUUCACCAUGUCGACUGGCAGCUCACCAGUACAACCAGUUAACUGUAAGCAAUCAGGUCACCGGUUCAAAGGUCAUCCUGUUGAAGCCAUUUCUGAUACAUGUGGAUAGACUUCCUGGUAACUUUACUGAUCUACUGGUGCAUGAUGUGGAUGCAGCUAUUCUCUAAACCAGUCAUCAUGCAGCUCUGCUUCUUUAAAAUAGGCUUAAAGCACAACAGCUACACAUUGAAUGUGUCGUUCAGAUGUUGGGGGGAAAAUCUUCUACGCUUGCAUUUUGCACAGGACAAAUAUAUGUAUAAGACUUUAUAUAGACAGAGUGUUGUUUCUACACAGAUUAGCAGAUUUAACUCUCACUGGUCAGGCAGACCUCCACUUCCUACCAUGCUAACAGGACGGAAAGGCUUUAGCUAGCCGUGUAGCCGCUUAGCUAGCUGCAAGCUAAGGAAUUAUGUGUUUGUUGUUCAAUCACAGGAAGUUAAUGUUGCAACCAUGUAGCUAAUGCCACUUAGCUAACUGCUAGCUGAAAGGUUUUAUUGUUAUCGUUCAAUAGCAAUAAGCUAAUGCUGCAGUGGUGUAGCUCAGCUAGCUGCUAGCUAAGAGGUUUUCUCCAUCAUGUCAUGUAACACCUGAAUCUGAAAGGUUGUAAGUUGCUCUGUAACUGAUCAGCCGGUUCGUUCUGUCAGAGCUUCUUGUUUGAAACGAUCCAGAUCCAUUUUUAAACAGCUGCCCUGCUCAACAUGGAGGAACCUGGAGGCUUUCAUUUGGUGUUCAGUAACAGAUGCAGGUCAUUUUUCUAAAUGCUGUAUUCCAGUCCUGCUGGACUGGACCGUUCAAGAUGGCUGCCGCUCUCAGCUGCAGCCUGACUCAUGCUCAGAGCUGUUCUUAUAAAUCAUGGCUCAGUUAAACACAGGAGACACCUUUGGAAGAAAGUCACAAUGUGUUGUUGGUGAUUUUUAUAAAUGUGUUUGUUACUGUGUUGUUUUUCAAUAAUAAAAUGUUUUGGUUUCUUUUUUUUA